UUAUCCAGAAAAAAAAACCCCAAAGGUCCCAUUAUUAUUUACUGUAGAAAUAGAAGAAGAAAUCAAGAAUAGUGAUUGAAUGUAAUCCGCAUGUAGAUAUUGGAUGCCAAUCAACCCAACCAUCAAGAGUUUCGUCAUCUUCUUCUUGGUAAACGUAUUCAACACAGAGCUAAGCGUUUAGAACAUAGAAUGACGACUUUCUUCUCAUUGAAGAUCAGCCCCCCUCCCGUUUUCGAUAAAAUCAUAUCAGAUAAGGAAUUUAAACCGCAGGCCAGAUGCGAAACUGUGAAUCACGAGAUAAGUUCUAGCCGGCGGCAUUUGUUAGCGGUUUUUGUUGGCUCAUUAGCGUUCAACGGUGGGUUUGCACCGCUAGUAGCAUGGGCGGAAGAUGAACAACAAGAUGAAAGUUUAGUUGGGGCGAUAAAGUCUUUGUUUGACCCUAAUGAGAAAACAAAGUCCGGUAAAGUGUUGCCGAAAGCUUACUUAAGUUCGGCAAGAGAAGUGGUGAAGACUCUGCGUGAGUCGUUGAAAGAAGACCCGAAUGAUAUGGCUAAGUUUCGACGGGUUGCAGAUGCAGCUAAGGAAGCCAUACGAGAGUAUCUUGCUAAUUGGAGGGGACAACAGUCGGUAAUUAAUGAGGAAUCAUAUGUUGUGAUUGAGAAAGCAAUUAGAGCUCUAGCAAGCUUUUACUCAAAGGCAGGCCCGUCUGCGCCUCUUCCAGAACAAGUGAAGUCAGAAAUCAUAAGCAAUCUUGAUACAGCAGACCAAUUUUUGUAGGCUUUUGAUCCUUUUUGUAAUUAACUUUUUGUUUUUUCAUUGGAAGCAUUAUUUUUCCAUUUGUAAUUUUGUUUUUGUAGUCAUAAUAAUCAAGCUUUAAUUUGGAGAAAUAGUUUUCAUUUU